GGCAGGCGGAUGGCGGUGGCGCUGCUCGGCGGCCGCCGCUUCCCCGCGCUGCUGCAGCUGCGGCCGGCGGCAGGCCCGUGCCGACGCGGCCCCGCGGGUGCCGCCAUGCAGCAGGGUGCCGCUCCCGAGGGUGGCGCGGGCUGGCUGGGGGCCCUGCGCUUCGACAACCUUGCGCUGCGCUCGCUGCCGGUGGACGCCUCGGAGGCCGGCGGGCCGCGGGCCGUGCCCGGCGCUUGCUUCUCCCGCGUGCGGCCCAGCCCGCUGCAGAACCCACGGCUGGUGGCCAUGUCGCUGCCGGCGCUGGCGCUGCUGGGGCUCGAGGAGCCCGCGGGCGACCGUGAGGCGGCGGAGGCCGAGGCGGCGUUGUACUUCAGCGGGAACCGGCUGCUGGAGGGCUCGGAGCCCGCAGCGCACUGCUACUGCGGGCACCAGUUCGGCAGCUUCGCGGGGCAGCUGGGCGACGGCGCAGCCAUGUACCUCGGCGAGGUGCUGGGCCCGCGGGGCGAGCGCUGGGAGAUCCAGCUCAAGGGCGCCGGCCUCACACCUUUCUCCCGACAAGCUGAUGGCCGGAAGGUCCUGCGGUCGAGCAUACGGGAGUUUCUGUGCAGCGAGGCGAUGUUUCACCUCGGAAUACCAACAACGAGGGCUGGAACAUGUGUGACAUCAGACUCGAAAGUUGUCCGUGACAUAUUUUACGAUGGGAAUCCAAAAAAUGAAAGGUGUACAGUUGUUCUGCGGAUAGCUUCUACAUUUAUAAGAUUUGGUUCAUUUGAAAUUUUCAAACCUCCUGAUGAAUACACAGGACGCAAAGGUCCCAGUGUUAACCGCAAUGAUAUUCGAAUACAGAUGCUUGAUUAUGUGAUCAGCACUUUCUAUCCAGAAAUCCAGGAGGCUUAUUCAGACAACAGUAUUCAGAGAAAUGCUGCUUUCUUCAAAGAGAUAACGAAACGGACAGCGAGGCUGGUAGCUGAAUGGCAGUGUGUUGGGUUUUGCCAUGGCGUGCUGAAUACAGAUAACAUGAGCAUAGUUGGACUAACCAUUGACUAUGGCCCUUUUGGAUUUAUGGACAGAUACGACCCUGAGCACAUUUGCAAUGGUUCUGAUAACACAGGGCGCUAUGCUUACAACAAGCAGCCAGAGAUUUGCAAGUGGAACCUGGGGAAGCUUGCUGAAGCUCUAGUUCCAGAGCUGCCCCUGGAAAUAAGUGAACUCAUCCUGGAAGAGGAAUAUGAUGCAGAAUUUGAGAAACAUUAUUUACAGAAGAUGAGGAAGAAGCUAGGCCUGAUCCAGCUGGAACUGGAAGAAGAUAGUAAACUAGUAUCAGAACUCCUCGAAACCAUGCAUCUCACAGGUGGAGACUUCACAAAUGUUUUCUACUUGCUGAGUUCAUUCUCAGUGGUGGAUUCUGAUCCUUCAAAACUGGAAGACUUCUUAAAAGAGGUUACAAGUCAGUGUGCUUCUGUGGAUGAACUGAAAGUUGCUUUCAGACCACAGAUGGAUCCAAGACAACUGUCAAUGAUGCUGAUGCUGGCUCAGUCUAAUCCUCAGCUGUUUGCACUAAUUGGAACAAAAGCCAAUAUAAACAAAGAGCUAGAACGAAUUGAACAGUUCUCCAAACUGCAGCAGUUAACAGAAGAUGAUUUACUCAGCAGAAAUAAAAGACACUGGAAAGAAUGGCUGGAGAAAUACAGAGACCGUUUGCAAAAAGAAAUAGAAAGUGUUAGUGAUGCUGAUGCUUGGCACACUCAUCGUGUGAAGGUUAUGAAUUCCAACAAUCCAAAAUAUAUCCUGAGAAAUUAUAUUGCCCAGAAUGCCAUAGAAGCAGCUGAAAAUGGGGAUUUCUCAGAGGUAAGAAAUGUACUGAAACUAUUGGAGAAUCCAUUCCAAGAAGCAGAAGAUUUCAGGGAGGUAAAGGAGGAUGCAGAAGAGGAGGGAGCAACUGCUGCAGCAGCUGCUUGUGCCCAAGAGACCAGAAGCAGACUACCCUAUAGCAGUAAACCUCCACUGUGGGCUUCAGAGCUCUGUGUUACAUGAUCUUCGUAACUGCCUUGUUUUGUUUUUUGCUGUAAAUUGAAGACUGACCCUCCUUCAGCAGUGAAGAAUGCAGCAAGGCAAACAUCAGAGUGCUAUUAAGUUACUGAAACAACCCUGCAUUUGGAUGCAUCUGUAGCAGUCUUCACCUGUGCUUAUUUGAAGCAAUCAUGGAUCAUUGGAACAAACCGAUGACAAUCAACAGUCUCCGUAUACCAGUAAUUUAAAUGUUUUGAAACUGAAAGUUUUUCCUUUAUUCAUACCACAAGUAUUCAUACACUGCAAGUAGAAAGCAAUAUUUUUUGUUGAGGCAGGCUGAGUUUCAGACAUCCAAAUGGAGUUGUUAUGUGAAGACAAAAAGAGCAAGUCAGGAAUCUGAUCUGUUUUUGUCUGAUGUCUUAACUAAUAGUACUUCUAAUAUUUAUUUACUGCUUUCUCUAUGCAGGAACUAUUAGUUCUCUUUAAUGGAGGAAUAGAUUCAGUGUUGCUUGUUGAAGCUAUGUUUCAUUUAAUUAAGUUCAUUUCUUGUGAACCUUCAGAUUGAUAUUUAAUCAUUAUCUAUUUUCAGAGAAUUUGUGCAGGCCGGGGCUUGGGGGAGCAAUGGGAUUUUAUUUUUGUUUAAUACAUUAAGAGCAGAAUGAAGGGAGAUCAUAUGCAUUUGCACUGGCAAGUCCUGGUGGUAAGGUUUAUUCAGGUUCAGUAUGUUCACAUACAACAUGUGUAAAUAUUUACUAAAAUCAUGGGUGAGUUUGUAAGCCAGUUGACUUGGGCAAGGCCAAUUAGCUGAAUCAGUGUGAACCUUAAACUACCCCAGUACUCAAAUCCAGGUUCCUUUGCUAUUCAUGUGCUCUUGACAGAGUCUUCUUGUACAAGAAGUGUGCAGGUGGGGUACCUGUUUGUUCACACUGGUCAGUGAGAUUCUUCCAUUCCCUCUCUGGUCUUGCACCAUUCAGUCUUUGAGAAGCUUGGCACUGUCAGUUGUCAUUCAGGACAUGUUAUUUGAGCCUGUGUUAAAGAUCAUAAAGGAUAUGGGAGGAGAUGGGAGCUGACUUGCUUGCAAAUUACUUGUCAGUAAUGUUUCAGUUGAGGUUUCAGCGGAAGGUUGCUUGCCACAUCAUUAUUGCCACAUCAGCCAAAACCGGUUGUUCCAUAGUUAGUUACUACUUGGCUUUCUGAACUGCUGUGUAAAGGACUCUAUUACUGGUUCAGGUACCUGAAAUCUUGGGAAAGUUUGGUUUAAUGCAAAGUUUUCUCUUUUCCAAAGAGACCACCAUCUUACACUGUGAGUUUAAGUCUACUAAAUUCCUCUUCCAGCCCUGUGCAAACUUAGUAUUAGCUCAGGUUGAUUUGUGCUCUUCUAAGUCUUCCUCAAAAUACAAGCUACUGAAAAACAGGGAGAACAGUUGGGAUGUGCUUAUAAUCUGCACUGAUAACUGACUUGUCCUCCUAGCUACAACAGAGCAGAUGAUGUUUUGAAUGUAAACAUUGUUGUGUCUUGCCUUAGACCUGGAGAAACUGAUGCUGAAUAAUGACUUGUGACAAGCUAGAA